CUGCAUACCCCUUCAGCUACGGAGACUCGGACGCUUUGUUUAUUCUUUAACCUCACCUUCUAAUUGAAAAAUACGACAUUAAUGGCCAAACGAUCAGAUAAUCUAAAACACGGAGUUUGAUCUGAUGCUGAAACCACAUUUCCCCGUCCUGCUUCUCCUCCUACUGAUAUCACCCCCACCAUACCCGGCCGCCGGCGCGGGUUACGUCCUCUGCAACGGUAACCAUUACACCGCCGGCGAUCCCUUUGCGAUCAGCUUGGCUUUCGUGUUCUCCGACUUGAUCGCGAGCGGGUCGGCACGCGCAGGGCAAGACUACUACAACAUCUCACCUUACCCCAACGCGUUCGCAUACGGCCACGCUUUAUGCUCCGGAAACCUCGCCGCCGGCGAUUGCAGCGAUUGCCUUCGAUCGGCCGUCGGGGUUGUGAACGUAACUUGUCAUACGGCGAUCGGCGGCCGGGCUUCGCUCGGGGAAUGCGGCGUACGGUACGAACAAUACCCAUUUGUCGGAUAGUCUUUUGGUUUGGAGUUCACUGAUUAGAGGAUGUUGUUAGUGUUGUCGAUGAACUGUUUGACGAAUUGUCCAAAAAGGGGUAUGGUCGGUUGGUAUUGUUGUUGGGAGGUUUGGCAAAUACCGAAGUGUGGUUGUGUGUGUGAUUUCGCUUCAAGCAAUGCUGUUUAUAUGUAG